AUGGACGUGGGUGAGGAUACGUCAUUGCUGGCAGCAGGAUCUUGGCCUCCACCUGCCCUGACAGUUCUGCCUGGCAGCCUGGGGCUGGGGGGCGGGUCUGACGACUCUUCCCAACCAGCGCACGGGGAUUGCUUCAAAGAACUCCCUGAGGUGCCCCGUGGGAGUCACACCACCUGCCUCGGGGACCCCCAGCCUGCCCAGCGUGGACCCGGGGAAGCCAGGCCAGGGUUGGCGGGAGAGGUGCCAGCCCGCCCUGCCGCCCGCAGGCACCACAUCCACUACGUGAUCCCAUACGACGGGGACCAGUCGGUGGUGGACGCCUCAGAGAACUACUUUGUGACGGACAAUGUGACCAAGCAGGAGAUCGACCUCAUGCUGGGGCUGCUGCUGGGCUUCUGCAUCAGCUGGUUCCUGGUGUGGAUGGACGGCGUGCUGCACUGUGCCGUGCGUGCCUGGAGGGCCGGCCGGCGCUACGAUGGCUCGUGGGCCUGGCUGCCCAAGCUGUGCAGCCUGCGGGACCUGGGCCGGAGGCCACACAGGCCCUUCGAGGAGCCGGCGGGGAACAUGGUGCACGUGAAGCAGAAACUCUACCACAACGGGCACCCGAGCCCACGGCACCUGUGAGCCGCGCCCAGGACUCAGGGCUGCUGUGCAGACCAGACCGACCCCGCGGAGGCCCAGCUGGCCGGGCGGGACUGCGGCCUCAGGCCCAGGGUGUCUGGGCCUUUGGCUGGCCGGGUUGUGGCUGCAGGGCAGGUCCAGCGGAAGGUGCUGUCUCUUCUUUUUAUAAAGGGGGUGGGGUGGGGGCUGGGGUGGGGCUGGCCACCGGGCCUCAGGGCAGGACACAAGGGCAGGCUCUGUCCUAGAGGUGCUGGGGGCCAAGGGGGGUGGGUCCUCAGUGGGGACAGGCAGGGACAGGUCUGGCCAGGGUCAGGACUGGACUCAGGCCACAUCUGAUUGAAAGCUGCUGUUUCCUGUGCACUGUGUUGUCUGUCCAUCCGUCCUUCCGUUUGGUCUGGAGUGGGGGGAGGCGCCGGGGCUACGCCGUCAGCACACGGGAGCAUGUGCAUGGGGCGUGUGCGACUGAGGGUGGGAGAGGAGGGACAGGCCCUCGGCAGCUAUCAAUAAGGGUGGGGCCUGGGCGCCCCAGCACCUCACUGUGAAGCCCACCCUGCCUGGCCAGUAAACUCUCCAGAAAGCUC